AUGCCAACCAUUUACGACGUCCUCGGGGUCGUUUUCGGCGCCAUUUCACUCCUAGGAUGUCUCAAGGUCGCUCACGAGAUCCUCAAAUCCGGUCAGCCCGAGGCGCAAGUGCAGCUGUACAAGGCCGCGAUGCAGGAAGCACGCGACCGCGUCGCCGAGCUUACACGGCGUAAGCUCUGCAUACAGGAAGCCGGUGUUCUUUUAAGCAGGUACAGCAGCGCGCUCGAUAACAUAGACGAGGCGAGCUAUGAAGCGCGGUGCGAAGCGAUGGACGGCGCUCCCGAGACGAUCGUCGCGGUACUCGUCUACUCAGUUCGAUACGGCCUCAAUUCUGAGCUCACUAAAGACAUCUGCCGUUGGACGAAGCUCGUCACAGGUAUCAAAGCUCAGCUUGGCCGUAUGCGGCAAUUCACCGCUGAGCCCCUCCAGCCGUCAGUCCCACCGUCGGUUCUUCAAGAUUCGGUUUCUUCGCAUUCCCCGAACAACAUCGACCCCCUACCGCAGGUCCCACAGCCGUCACCACCACAGCCCCCUCACAAUGCCAUUGUGCAGCUGCCGACCCCAGAUGCGACGCGCCCCAGUACCCCUGCUAAGCCGUCGCCGCAGCCACCGCACUCACGUGGUGACACGCAACUGACGACCCCGCCGGAAUCAGACGCGUCGCGCCCCUGCAGUCCUGUUACUCCGCCCUCGCAACUGUCGCGCUCGCGUAGUGGCGUGCUCUCCUCAGCAUCACCAUCGCGGAAAACACCUCUCGCGUCCGGCAACGACACCCCAAUUAGCGACGGCUAUAACAGCGACGACUCGGACGACUUAGAGCCUAACAUGGCGACCGGAAUUGAGACGAGCAUGGGAGAGUCCGAGUCGACUAUAAGACAACGAGGGCCUGUAGCAAAGGAGUGCCCAUACUGCAACGAGCCUUUCGCGCGCGGGGACAUGCUCUCUGAGCACAUGCGAAUAUGCACUCGGGUCCCGCAAUGA